CACAACACAAGGCACCAGGCGGGAUCGUGUAACUAUUUUCUCUCACUCUUAGAGCUUUUUACAUACCCGCCUUUUAAUCGCCAUGGAGAUGAAGAAGAUCGCCUGCGCAACCCUUGUUGCUGCCGCCUCCAUGAGCGCAGCCUUGGCUGCCGGUUCUCCGGCUCCUGCACCAACCAGCGACGCAAUCGCUGCCUUGCCCGUUGUCGGUUCUCUCAUCGGGGCCUCAAUUGUGUCCUUCUUUGCCUUCUACAUGCACUAAGCUUACAAAUGGAAAGAUGAUGAUGGAGAAGAAAGGGAAGAGAGGCUUCUAAAGAUCAUUGAGUUUUAAAGAUUUUCCCAUAUUUGUUUUAUUUCUUUUGGGGAUCUGUUCUCUUUCCUCAUUUCUUUGAAUGUAAGCCCAUGUGUUUUUAAUUCAAUAAAAGAGCAAAUUUAGUUA